UCUGGGAUGAUGAUAUCUACAUCAAAAUUACAACAGUUUUGCCUGAUAGUCACUUGCUGGCUUGUGGGACUCUUCUCUUGCCUGGUGUUUAUUCAGUAUUCCUCACAUAUAUGUGCACCGGAACCCAUUCCUUAUUAUCGAUCUUACAAUAAUGUAAACACCCUUAAUCCCGUUACAACUCCAGGUCAACAGGAGGAAAAACCCAUCCUGCUGCUGUGGAUGUGGCCUCUGGAAAAGCGGUGGGACUUUAAAGACUGUAAAGCCAUGUACAACAUUGACGGCUGCCAAUUGACUGAUGACAGAAACCUUUAUAACCAAUCAGACGCAGUCCUCGUUUUCCACAGAGGUAUCAAAUGGGACCUGUCCAACCUUCCGCCGUCUCCUCGGCCUCCGUUUCAAAAAUGGAUCUGGCUUCACGUCGAAUCGCCGACCAACACGGUGAGGAUUCCCGGUUUGGAGAAGCUUUUCAACCUCACACUGAGCUACAGACGGGAUGCCGACAUUUCUGUGAGGUAUGACCUCACGGUCAACAAGAAGCCAAACAAUGACUUUGUGAUCCCAAAGAAGGACAAGCUCCUGUGUUGGUUCGUGUCCAACAUGGCCACCAGUACUGGAGUAGGGACCAGGCUGAAGUACUACAACGAGUUAAAGAACCACAUCAAUGUAACUAUUUUUGGAGGAAUGGUUGGCAAACGCUUGAAAGAUGAAGACUACUACUCCACGAUGGCUAGCUGUAAGUUCUACCUCUCCUUUGAGAACUCCAUCCACAUAGACUACAUCAUGGAGAAAAUAAAUGGUCCUCUUUCAGCUGGGACAGUUCCGGUCGUCUUGGGGCCACCAAGAGAAAAUUAUGAUCAGUUUACUCCGAGUAAUGCCUUCAUUCACAUCAAUGACUUCCCUGAUGCUGCAUCACUGGCUAAAUAUCUGCUUCAGCUGGACAAAGACGAUCAAGCAUACAAGCGCUAUUUUGACUGGAGAAAACACGUAUCAGCGACACCGCAUCUAAUCUUUCCUUAUCAAGAGUUCAUCAUUUACAUCUGUCAUGCCUGUGAAUAUAUUGGAAGGUACAAAGACUAUAGAGCUGCAAAAGACCUCUACAAGUGGUGGUUUUCAUAAAGAGGAACUCUGGACGAGUGCAUUUGCCAAUCGGUGUAAAGCUAUAUAAAAAAAUCAGAUCUUUAUCAGCAGAAAAAUGCACAUUAAUUGAUUUGAUUUGGAUAUGGUUUAUUUGAUUUGUCGGCUCAAGUGGCUAACCCAAGAUAAAAGCUGUAGUAACAAGCAGUGGCAAAUUUUUAACCCUGUAACUACGAUACGAUGUAUAACCCUGUAACUACGAUACGAUACUCCUGAAAAUCUGAGAACCUGCAGGACAUCUGAUUGUGCGAGAGAACCAUCGAAAGGAAAUAUAACAAUGCCUACAGUAGA